AUGUUUCAGGGAAGGUUGGAAGAUCGUAAGGAAAUUGCUGUGAAAAGGCUUCGUGUAGGUUCUGUCCAAGGGGCAGUGGAGUUCAAAAAUGAAAUAGCUCUGAUUUCCAGGUUGCAGCACAAAAACUUGGUGGAACUUCUAGGCUACAGUAUUCAUGAAGAUGAAAAGCUUUUGAUUUAUGAAUACCUACCUAACCGAAGUUUGGAUUACUUCAUUUUCAAUGGUACAAGAAAAUUGCUGCUAAACUGGUCCACGAGAUUUAAGAUAAUCAGGGGUGUAGCCAGGGGCCUUGUUUAUCUUCACCAAGAUUCCAGAUUGAUGAUGAUUCAUAGAGAUCUCAAAGCAAGUAACAUAUUGUUGGAUGUUGAGAUGAGCCCCAAAAUUUCUGAUUUUGGUAUAGCUAGGCUCUUUGGUGUCCAUGAACAGGAAGGACAUACCGAUCGAGUUGUUGGAACAUUGGGAUACAUGUCGCCGGAAUACGCAAUGGAAGGCAUCAUCUCUGUAAAAUCCGAUGUUUACAGCUUUGGCAUAUUACUUCUAGAGAUUGUAAGUGGCAUGAAAAUCGGCACCACAACCCCAAGCGCACAUGCACGCACUCAUAACCUUAUAGAUUAUGCAUGGAGCUUAAGGAAGUAUGGGAAAAUGAUGGAUCUAGUCGACUCAUCUAUCGUAGAGGGUUGCUCUCUCGUUGAACCUCUACGAUGCAUACAUAUCGGACUCUUGUCGGUGCAGGACGACCCAAACGCUCGCCCCCCCAUGUCUUGGGUGAUAGCAAGCUUGGAGAACGAAGAUAUUGAGCUCCCGCAGCCAGAAGAGCCUAUGUGCUUUGCACGCUGUAACUACGGAGCUGGCGAAAGCCAAGUACAUGACAUAAGCCUCAAAAACCUCAAGGGGUGCUAG